CUGCCUGAGCCCCACAGCCCCACAGUGAGGGCUGACUCCAGGGUCCCGGCGACAAUGGAGGAGCAGAGGAACGGGCGCUCUCGUCCUCUCGAGGAUCAGAAGCUGCUGUACCGACGCCCGGCUCCCGGUGACCAGCCCGAGCCCCAGAGACACCUGUUCCCCUACCACAGCCGCCUGGCCGACUACCAGAUGGAGAAGAAAAUCGGCCGGGGGCAGUUCAGCGAGGUUUACCGGGCAACCUGCCUGCGGGAUGGCAAAGCCGUGGCUUUAAAGAAGGUUCAGUUAUUUGAAAUGUUGGAUGCCAAAGCGCGUCAGGACUGUAUCAAGGAGAUUGACUUGUUAAAGCUUCUUCUGGUUUAG